AUGGCUGAUGGUGCUAGAAUUUUUGAACUUAAGAAGGAGUUAUCUCACAUUGCUCAGGGUCCUUUGGACAUUGCCUCCUAUUUCAACAAAAUAAAACAACUUUGGGAUGAAAUAGCUUCCAUUUCUGUUAAUCACCUCUCUGUAUGCACAUGUGGGGGAAAUAAGAAAGUUGAGGAAGAGCAGAAGUGUCCAAACAAUCCUUCCCAUCUAAGGUACAGUAAGAAAUCAGGGCAUUCUAUUGAAAAGUGCUACAAGCUGCAUGGUUUUCCUCAGAAUUUCAAGUUCACUAAAGGUAAUACACCUAGGAGAACUGCAACACAUGUUGAGGUUCAAUCUCCUGUUAACUCUGAUGAGAUUGGAAAUGGUGGUGGUCCUGUCAUGCAUGCUGAAUCUGAGCAGCUUUACACUUUGCCUGGGUUGACUAAGGAUCAAUACUCCCAGUUGAUCACUCUGCUUCAACAGUCUCACAUUUCUGCUUCUCUUGCUACUCUAAAUAUUUUGGCUUCUACUAAUUUUGCUGGUAAGUUGUUGCCUGAGAAUGGUUUGUUCAGAACUUGUUUACUUACUAAGAUAGAGAAUACUAUUUUGAUCAUAGAUUCUGGAGCAUCUGAUCAUAUGACCUUUGAUAAAUCCAUUCUCUUUGAUAAUCAGACUCUGCCCAUCCCUUACUUAGUUUCGGUUAUAAAGUUAGAGUUACCAAUAUUGGGCCCUUCACUAAAGAAGCCAUUGGUGCUUGGUAGACCAGACAAUGGGCUUUACAAGCUGUUUCAACUUCCUGCAAAUUCUGGCCCUUUAUGUUGUCAUAGCUACUUGGACCAUCUCCUAGGGUCCAAAAACAAUGCCUUUGAUAUGUUGAAAGCCUUCAUUGCCAUGUUAGAAACUCAUUUUCACACCAAGGUGCAAACUGUAAGAAGUGAUAAUGCAUUAGAAUUGGGGUCUAGUCUUUCAGGUUCUCAAUAUUUCUCUGAUAAGGGAAUUGUGCAUCAAACCUCUUGUCCUCAUACUCCUCAACAAAAUGGGGUGGUGGAGAGGAAGCAUAGACACUUGCUUGAUACUGCUAGGGCUUUACUUUUUCAGUCCCAUCUUCCCAUUAGAUUCUGGGGUGAUUGUAUCUUGACAGCUACCUAUUUGAUCAAUAGGUUUCCUUCUCCCCUUCUGUCUCACAAGAGUCCUUUUGAACUUCUUUAUGAUAAGCCUCCUUCUUACUCACAUCUUAGAGCUUUUGGAUGUCUUUGUUAUUCUACUGUGCCUAAACCUCAUAGAGAUAAAUUCCAACCAAGGGUUGUACCAUGUGUGCUUGUGGAGUAUCCUUUUGCUAAGAAAGGCUACAAGUUGUGCAAGCCCUAUCUCUUUUUUUUUCCUUCUGUUCCUUCUGUUUCCACUCCUCCUUCUUCCUCUUCUGCACAUUCACCUUCACCUUCUUCAUCUCAUUCUCAUGCUUCAUCAUCUCUUUCUCCUGCUCCUCCUCCUUUAAGAAGUCAGUUGCCUAUUCUUGAGCCUUCAACUUAUUCUCAGGUAGCAGUUGUUCCAGAAUGA